AAGAGAGAAAAGGUAGGUUGUCCCCACUUGGGUUUUUAAUUUAAAAUAUAUAUAUAUUUUUUUGCAUGGUUAAAACAACACUUGCCAAACUCAUCUCUUUUUUCUCAUUCUCUGUGUCUUCUUUUUACCUGGCUGUUGUCAAGAUUACUAAAGCUUGUUACUUUGUGAUAUAAUUAAACCCAGAAAAGAAUAGUAAUCACUUAAAAAGCAUUUUGUACUGUAUUGCAAUAAAGGAGAGAGAGAGAGAGAGAAGCAAUUCAGCUUGGAGUUGGAGUUACACUUGCUUGCUUACAUUUACAUACAAGAAGAGCAGUGUUUUGAAAAGAAAAUUUAUAAAGACUAAGAAAAAUUGUUGAUAAAUAUAUAUAUUUUGAGAGAGAUAGAGGGGUCUGGAAAGAGAGAGAUGGUGGGCUCAGGAGCAGGAGAUAGGAGCAAAGAAGCAGUUGGGAUGAUGGCCCUUCAUGAGGCCCUUAGAAGCGUAUGUCUCAACACAGACUGGACUUAUUCUGUCUUCUGGACUAUUCGUCCUCGACCGCGAGUCCGAGGUGGGAAUGGCUGCAAGGUUGGAGACGAUAACGGCAGCUUGAUGUUGAUGUGGGAAGAUGGGUUUUGCCGAGGAAGAGUUGCAGAUUGUUUGGAAGAGAUGGAUGGUGAAGAUCCUGUCAGAAAAGCAUUCAGCAAAAUGUCCAUUCAAUUAUAUAAUUAUGGAGAAGGGUUAAUGGGGAAGGUUGCUUCGGAUAAGUGCCAUAAAUGGGUGUUCAAAGAGCCAACAGAAUGUGAACCAAACAUUUCCAACUACUGGCAGAGUUCUUUUGAUGCUCUUCCUCCUGAAUGGACUGAUCAAUUUGAGUCGGGUAUUCAGACCAUUGCUGUAAUUCAAGCUGGCCACGGUCUACUGCAAUUGGGUUCCUGCAAGAUUAUACCUGAAGACCUGCAUUUUGUGCUAAGAAUGAGGCAUACAUUUGAGUCUCUAGGCUAUCAGUCUGGUUUCUAUCUAUCCCAGCUGUUUUCGUCGACUAGAAACAAUUCUUCGUCGUCCUCGAUUCCCUUGAAGCAAUCUGCCAUUCCAACUCGGCCUCCUCCUCCCCUCUUCAACUGGGGUCAGAGGCCAAUUCCGUCUUCCACUUCGAUGCUAGCAUCACCCAAUUUUCAGAAUCCUGCUAGACUUGGAUUCCCACAAACCAAAGAUGAGACUCACAUGUUUAUCCUCCCUCAUUCAUCUGAAACACGAAUGGAAGACAUGAUGGGAGAACAUGAAAACGACAUUAAGUGGCCUAAUGGGUUGUCUUUCUUCAACGCUCUUACUGCAAGGCCUGAUGAUGCCAAGCUCUUGUUUAACCCUGAAAGCUUUGGAAACAAACCAGACCAAGGUCAUCAUCACCUCAUUCUCGAGGGAAAAGAUUUGAAUCCGAAUUCAGAUGGCAGCGCAAACCCAAACGAGUUCUUAAGCUUGGACAGUCAUCCAGAGAAUGCAAGGAAGAUGGACAACAAGUUUAAGAGGAGCUUUACUUUGCCUGCAAGGAUGGCUUCAUCAUCUUCCUCAACAUCAGUCGAUCACCAUCAACAACAACCGAUGGAAUAUAGGAAUCCGGAGGCGGGGAUGUACAAUGAUGUUAUGGAGACCUUCUUGGAAUGAAGUUAGAAAAGUCAGUAUUAGAGGGGAGAAAUGGGUGAGAAUUUGUAUUGUAGGUAGGCAAGCUUUUGGUGGUUCUUUGUUGCUUAAAUUAUUGUGCUUGUUUUAAUUUAGUGCCCUUUUCCAUGUUGUGUUUCUUUUGUACUUUUCACAAAUUUUCUAAUCAUUUGUUGUAGUUUAUCCUAACAUAAGUUUUACCAUAAAAUUUUCCUUUUUCUUUUUUUUCA